AGUACGUCCGUGUUUUUAAACGUGAAGGUAUCGAACAUACACUGUAUAGGGGUUAUUUGUUUUUGAUCAAAAUGACCGAUUUAUGAGAGUUUUAGUGAUGUGUAUGUUGAAUUUGACUGUGAUAGUGACAGAAUUUUGGAUAUAUCUACUAAUAUAGAUCCAGUCCUCAACGACGUUACGAAACAAUUGCUUGCUUCUACACAGCCUAAUAUGACCAAAGAAACUGUUCGCGUCUUAAAGUGAUUUUUUUUGAGUUUUCCUAUUUCGUAUAAUCGAUUUUUGAAUUUUUCGCGUGUGUAGUGUUAUAAAAAACUCAGUAACUGAUGAUUAUGGAGAUGACUAAUGAAUUACCUCGGUGGUACGAGAGUCCUAGAACGGGGACUUCGGCUAGUCCGGGACAAGGCAUUGACGCGGGAAAUUCAGACAUUGCUUCCGGUGUCGCUGAACAUAUGGGGACAUUCUUUUUAGAUCCCUCGGGUUCGCAGAGAGCCGCUAGGUAUUACCAUCAGACGAUGCACUCAUCUUACGGCAGUCACGCGUCCCGAAUGACGACAGGACAAGUGUGUAGGCCUCACUUCCACGCUCCUCUCCAUCCUUGGUUGUCGGACAGUACCAAACCCCUCGGUCACUCAAGUCCAUGGGUACCGUUUGGUGGUGGCGAUCCCGAUAAAUCUCAGUCUCCCAGUUCGGUACCUACACAAGCUCAUAACAUUUUCUCCUUUCCUCCUACUCCGCCCAAAGAUUCUACACCGGAUUCUGUCGCGCCCUCUGCUGGAGGUCCCGAAUAUCAAAGUGCCGUCUCAGUUGCCAUGGGAGCUUUCAUGCACGAGAACCCCCAAUCUUGUGCAUUGGAUGUGAAACCUACAGGCAUGGGGGGAUCCAAUAAUAAGCAGCGAGAAGGUAGUGAUUACGAAGGGGGCACUAUGUUUAAUGGUAACUUUGAAGGCACGUAUGGGACUGCGUAUGCCCACGGUAUUCAUGGGGGUGCUUAUUCGCCCCCUAACAAGCAGCAUUUGGGUAAUACUGGGGCGCACGGUGUUCAAUCGCCGAAUAAACCCCGGAAUAAGUCGAGAACGAGCGCCGAGGGUAGAGAAUGUGUGAAUUGUGGAGCGACAAGUACGCCGUUAUGGAGACGUGAUGGUACAGGCCAUUAUCUCUGCAAUGCAUGUGGUCUUUAUUACAAGAUGAAUGGACAAAAUAGACCACUCAUCAAACCUAAAAGAAGACUGAGUUUACAAAGCGCAGCGAGAAGAGCGGGAACUAGUUGUGCGAAUUGCAAAACCACGACUACGACCCUUUGGAGGCGAAAUCAGAACGGGGAGCCAGUUUGUAAUGCCUGCGGACUGUACUAUAAACUACACAACGUGAAUAGGCCGCUCACGAUGAAAAAAGAAGGAAUUCAAACUCGUAACCGGAAACUAUCAUCCAAAAGUAAAAAGAAGAAGUCAGGAGCGUCCUGUUUGUCUUUGGGAGGAAUGAUGGGUGAUAUGAUGAAACCGUUAGACGGUACUAAAGGUGCUUUUGGUGGCGGUUUUGGCGCUGGAAUGGGUGGUGGACACCCGCAUCUUAAUGCUGCACUUCAUCCUCAUCACGCCAUGACACAUUGGCAUCAGUAUCAGCAUACACAAGGCUUUGUUUCGGGACCACCUCCACCCGCGCCACCAUCCGCUGCCUCUUAUCAUCACCAUAUGAGCUCAUUAAGUGCAGCUGGAUUAGGACUGACAUCAAAUGGAAUGACCAGUUGGCGAUCGGAAUAUACGUGAUAAGGCACGUUAAACGAUUUUUAAGGAAUUUAUUUAUAAACGUCUUAUGUAGAUAUAGACUAAGAUCAAAAAAUAUAAAAAGAACCUUAAACAAUGAACAUUCUAAACUGGUCAAUAUAUCUCUGUGUAUUUGUAUUCAAUUAAAUAUAUAUUUUGUGAAAUAUUAUGAUGGUACUCUUUCAUAGGAUAAUUUCAUCGACCACAUCUGAAUAUUAGCUUCGAGUAUUACUCAUAAUUUACACAAGUAGCAUUAGAAAGGAAGGUAUGAAAAAUAUGAGUCAAUAUUCUUGAGGACUUUCUUGAUAAGUACACAUUUUUUUGAGAAAUGCUUGCAUGAAUUUCACGAUUUCUAUCGAUUAAUCAAUAUAAUAAAAAAAUUAAGUUUAUUACAGUUACUUUAAACAGAAAUAUUCAGUUUAUGAGACCGAUUGAAAUAUUUUGUGAGAAAUUACCAUAUCAGCGAUCUGUGACCAGUUUGUAUAUGUAUAAAAAUUUAAGUACAAAAUCGAACUCUGUAAUGUAAUGUAAAUAUCAUGUAGUUUGUCAAGUAGAGAUUUUUAAUACAAGUGAUGAUAUAAAAAAAUUAAAAACAUGUGCAAUCUUCACGUUGGAAUAUUAUGUUUGUGAGAGUGAGAUGAUUCGCGGAAAUUUUGCUAGGAUUGUUCAUCAAAAUUUCAAAUAUCAUAUGUAUAAGCAAAAAUCGAUCUAUUUUCAUUACAUCAAAAUCAUUAGUUUUUUUGUUUUUCUCCAGAUUAAAAUUUCCUAUCAAGCCGAACUAUGACUCAUUUUCUUCGUUAUUUUGUGAGUUAUGAAUUAAAUUAUACAAAUGAAGUGUAAAGUGCCUUUUGUUUAAAGACUCAGUUGGAAUUUGUAAAAUAAUUAUUGUCAUAAGAAAUUUCUUGGUAGAUCAAAACCAAAACCUAACCACAAUUAUUGGCGAUUUCCUAGUGAAUAUUUAAUAUUAACGCUAUUGAAUAUUUAUUAUAACGUUUUGAAUUCUGAUGAAUAAUCCAUGUUUAGAUAAUGAUAGACUGCAAAUAAUGUAAAUAAAUUUUUGAUUCUGAUAAAAGCCGACCAACAGUUCUAUGCAAUUCACGUUUAUGUGUAUAUUCAUUGUAAAACCUUUAGAUUUAAAUAAAUAUUCUCGGUAUUAAUUUUGAAUCAGUUUUCAUGAAUGAAGUUUUGGAAAAUUGGAAUUAUAGUCGGUACAUGAAUAGUGGCAAGAAAAAUUUAUCGUAUAUAAACUGUGAAGGAAUUUCGUUCGGUUUUGAUUAUUGAGGUUAUUUUCUUAUUGAAAAAAAGAAUGUACAGAGUUUUUGAGAAAAUAAAUAAAAUGGUUUUUUUUACUGGUAUUCCUCUCCAUUCUUUCAUACCAUCUUAUUUGUGGGUAUAUACUCACACACAUUUUUAUAUUAAAAUCGAAACAAUAUUUGUUUCCCAUAAUAAUGAGCAAAUGGAAGACCAAGACUAUUUUUUGGUUUUAUUAUUAUCAAGAAUAGGAAAAGAGAUUCGUUAUGAAAUUUAUUAUUACGAAUUAAAGCUUGUCUUGAAGAUUCCAAUAUAUGUGUGGAAAACCAAGACCCGGAUGGUGCUUUUGACAAAUAUAGAGACGAUAAACAUUUCUCUAUGUGUCGACUCAAAAUUUUUAACUCUAAAAAUAAAAAUAAGCUGGAGCUCUUGAGUCGUUGGUAACAUUCAUACUAAAGACACUGUUUACAUUACCACUACACUGACACUCACAAUUGCACUGUUUGACGCGCGUUUCGAUAACAAGAAACUGAGGUUAAACAGUUUUGCACUGAUCGGGCUUGGUCUUUGUCUUGCUAAUCUUAAGCUGGUCUUGGUUUUUUUAAUGUGUUUCCUGGAAGAUAAUUUUAAUUUCAAAGAAAUCAUGUCAAACUCAAAUAACUUAGGAUGUAUGAAAUACAACUUAAAUCAAUGAAGGAGUAAAUUUAGAAAACAAAAAAGAAAUUUUUAGUUUGACCUCAAGGUUGCUGUUUCAGAGAUAAUUUUCUCAUUUCAUCGAUAUUUCCUUCUAUACUAGGCCUGGAAGGAGAGUGUGAUGACAAUAUCUGUAGAAUUCGGUGGGUAUAUCAGUAACUCAGAUUUGAAUUUAUUUUUGCUAUCGUUGUCAAAGAGUUGUGGAUUGCUUCCGCUGCCUCAUCGUAAUUUUGUUCUCAGACAAUUAUUGCCUUCUUAAAAGGGCUUCUACCGAGCCCAGUGACUGUUUCGUUUUAAUUCAUAUAAAUUGAGGUAAAAUUAAAUUUCAUGCAUCGUCACAUAUCGACUCCUGAACCAAUUCAAAUAAUGAGGAAGCGCGAUAUUUGAAUAUAAGCUUUCUCAUAUCCAAUUGCUCAGGUGCUUUGUGAUUUGCCAUCAUUUCCAGGACUUUUAAUUUAAUCUUCUGUCUUAGUUUACCAUUUGCACUUGUACAUGCACGUUUAAAUUUCGCAUACUAGUGGUUGAUUUUUGUGGUUAAGAAUCCCCUUUUCAAUGCUUGAUUAACAUACGGAUUACUUUUUUACCAAUGAAAAAUUGUAGCAAACUAUUUGAUGAAUUGGUAUAAACAAAGAAUUAUUGCUAUUUUUAUAGAAAUUAUGAUGCAGAAAAUAACUAAACUACUAAUGAUAAAAGUUUAUUUCUGGUAUGAUUGUUAGUUUAUUGAUUGAAGAUCUACUGCUACUGUUGCCAUUUUAUGUCAUUUUGAAAGUGUCACAUAAGUGAUUUGUUCAAUAUGGAAGGUUUAAGGAUCACUUAUAUUGUAAAUAUAUCUUCAAAUGAAGUUGUAAUCGAUUUGAAAUGAGUACCGAGAACAUAAAUGCCAUGUUCAUAUUAUACAGUAUUUUUGUUAAAUUGAUUAUUUAUUGUUUUUUUCCAAGGCGGUUUUUCUUGAAUCAGUUUUGCAAAUCGACAUAGAUUUAAUUAAAAUUGUGAAAAUUUAAAGUUUGUAAAUAAAAAGAAAUUGAUGUAUGUAAUAAAUAAUAACGCUCUUUGUGUGAUAUAUUAAAGAUAUUUAAACAUU